UAUGCGAUCUGCAAGCAUAUGCCAUUAUGCGAUCUGCAAGCAUAUGCCAUAUGCAAGCAUAUGCCAUAUGCGAUCUGCAAGCAUAUGCCAUUAUGCGAUCUGCAAGCAUUUGCGAUCUGCAAGCAUAUGCCAUAUGCGAUCUGCAAGCAUAUGCCAUUAUGCGAUCUGCAAGCAUAUGCCAUUAUGCAAUCUGCAAGCAUAUGCCAUUAUGCGAUCUGCAAGCAUAUGCCAUUAUGCGAUCUGCAAGCAUAUGCCAUAUGCGAUCUGCAAGCAUAUGCCAUAUGCGAUCUGCAAGCACAUGCCAUAUGCGAUCUGCAAGCAUAUGCCAUAUGCGAUCUGCAAGCAUAUGCCAUAUGCGAUCUGCAAGCAUAUGCCAUAUGCGAUCUGCAAGCAUAUGCGAUCUGCAAGCAUAUGCCAUAUGCGAUCUGCAAGCAUAUGCGAUCUGCAAGCAUAUGCCAUUAUGCGAUCUGCAAGCAUAUGCGAUGUGCAAGCAUAUGCGAUCUG